CCAGUGUGACUGACUCGGGACCAUAUUUUUGCUGGAAAAAUCUUAAUUAUUAUCUUAAUCAACAAUGUCUAGUGUUAGCGAGAAAAUGGAUACCGACACAACUGCUACCGUUAAACGUAAGCCAAUUUGUAUGAUAGUUCUUGGUAUGGCGGGUUCCGGCAAAACGACAUUUGUACGCAAGUUGGCCCAGUACAAACAUGACGAACACAAUCCGUAUCUCAUCAAUUUAGAUCCAGCAUGUCGCGAAGUUCCGUACCCUGCAAAUAUCGACGUUCGCGAUACUAUCAACUACAAAGAGGUUAUGAAGCAGUACAAUCUCGGACCCAACGGAGGAAUUGUAACCGCUUUGAAUUUGUUCUCCACGAAGUUUGGUAAAGUGAUAGAAUUAGUUGAGCGAACGCAGGAUAAACACAAAUAUUGUGUCAUAGACACACCUGGGCAGAUUGAGGUGUUUACCUGGUCUGCAUCCGGCACAAUUAUAACGGAAGCUUUGGCAACAGCAUUCCCUACAGUCGUUGUAUAUGUAAUGGAUAUUGUACGUUCAGCGAGCCCUACCACCUUCAUGUCAAACAUGUUGUACGCUUGUUCUAUUCUCUACAAAGCCCGCUUACCCUUCAUAAUUGUACUCAACAAGAUUGAUGUGCAAGAAUUUGAUUUUGCCAUCGAGUGGAUGCAAGACUUUGAAUCAUUCCAGGAAGCACUUGAGAAUGAAACAACCUACGUCAGUAAUCUGACGCGAACAAUGUCCCUGACAUUGGACGAGUUUUAUCGAGAUCUAAAAGCUUGUGGCGUGUCGUCCAAAUCUGGGAUUGGGUUCGGGAAAUUUUUCGAACUUGUCGAAGAAGCGGCAAAAGAAUACGAAACCGAUUAUAAAGCAGAAUACGAUAAGCUACGGGUAGAAAAGAUGGCAGAACGAAAAACGAAGGAAGAAGAACAGCUAACGAAGAUAACCCAACAAGGCAAAGGACAGGAAGUACCUCUGAUAAAUGAGCUGAGCAGUGGCCGUGAAAGGGCGGAUAUCUAUUUGAAACAUCCGGGUAACGAAAGCUCCGAGGACGAGGAAGGCCAUGAAGACGACGCUUCGGUAUGCCCAGGUGAUGACGAAGCCGAGGAAACCAACUUCACCUCAUUUGUUCGAAAGCAUAAAGAGCUUCAGCAGGAAGCGGCGAAAAACCAAUCAGCUAACAAAUAAAAGUAA